GCCGCCCCUUCUCGCGAGAGGCGGAAGUCGCGAGGCGCGGCCCGGAAGUGCUACUGCCGCGGAGCCGGGAGCCGAGCCGACCAUGGCCGAGACCGACCCGAAGAGCGUGCAGGACCUCACGGCCGUGGUGCAGACAUUGCUUCAGCAAAUGCAGGACAAAUUUCAGACCAUGUCUGACCAAAUCAUUGGAAGAAUUGAUGACAUGAGCUGUCGCAUAGAUGACCUGGAGAAGAACAUAGCAGAUCUCAUGACGCAAGCAGGAGUGGAAGAAUUGGAAGGCGAGAACAAGACCCCUGCUGCUAACAAGAGUUAAAAUUGCCAACAACUGAAGAUGAAUCCUGGAAGACUUCUUUUUCUUCCUACAAAUCCUUGGAAUUACAGAACAGCUUUUUGCAACUACUGUGUGUAAAAGCAUUUUUAUAUUGUUACAGAGCUUGCAUUCCUAAUGUAUAUUGUACAGUUAAGGAUAGGUUAGUUUCUAUUUUGAUUCGUGUACUGUAAUUUCACUUUUUGAAUUCUUGUUAUGAGGAUCAAUUAGUUGUGUUAUUAAAACACAGAUCUUGCAGAUCUCAACUACUGGGUGUAUUUUUUUGUGGAGUCUCUCUUUUCCCUUUCUUAGACUUUUUCUAGACGUUUCAUUUUUGAUAGGUAACCAUUGAAUAGAAAUCUUAACUUGUCCUAUGUAACUUUGUGGAGUGAAGCACAAGAUUGAAACUUAGUAUUAAUCUUAGAUGUAAGCAUCAGUCACUCAAUUUCUUGAGGACUGUUUAUUUUUUUUCUCAUAAAUGUAAUCAGGUGAUUUUGGAAACAUAAGACACUGAACAUCAAAAUAGUCUCUCAUACUCCUGGUAUUACCUUACCCGUUUGUUCCUAGAACAUAACCAGAAGUAGAGUUUUAACAUUAGAGUCAUUUGUACACAGUGAGCAACCACUGCCAUUUGAAUCUCUUCUAUUUAGACAGACAAGGAACUAUUAACUAUGAAAAAUCUCUCUAUGGGAUUUAAGUUUUUUAAUAGCGUGAAACUGUACUUAGAAACUGACCACGUGUCAUUUAGCAUCACCUUUGAACAAGAAUUGUAGUAGAAAUAGUGAUACUGGACAGAAUAGGGAUGGGAUUGUGGGAGUGUUGGUAUGUGGCCUUUCUGUUUAAAUCACUGGCUUGUGGUGCUAAACAGUUUGCUAAUAAAGCAAUGAUAUAUUAAGUAACAAAAGAAAAAGGAGAGAAUCCAGUUAGGAUUGUAAAGCCUUGCUGCUCUGCAGAUAACUAGCUGGAACUCUUCAAAAUACUUGGUUUAGAAAGGUGUUUGCAUUUACAGUCAUAUCUACAUCCGUGGGCCUGGGCUUUAAAGGAUUACACUAGAGUAUUUUGGCAAUGAAAAAUGUAUUUAGAGAGUCUGUACGAUGUCACUUGUGAAGAACAAUGACCAAUGUUAGAUAUUACUGACAAUCACUGCAGUGCUCCUCCAGCUUGAGAUAAAAAUUUAAGAAAGCAGUAGUGGCAGCCAGCGGUUACAUGUGGAAUGCACUGAAGACUGCUCUGUGAAUGCCACCGGAUUAGCACCUGUGUAUUAUGAAGGCAAUACGACAGUUCAUUUUUCAAUAAUGGGGGAAAAUUGUAGUAAAAGCUCAUAAUGGGGAAUUUUGUCAAUACAGGAAUGUAUCAAUAUACCUUGUAAUACCAGCCUUAGGCUCUUUGUAAUAUCAUUUAAAAAAAUCCAAUAAACUGUUAUGUGGUAACAAAUAGUCAGGUCAUAUAUGUAUUAAAGCCAAAUCUAGUAUAAGUGUAUCGCUGUGAGAUUGUAU